GAAAAGCGCACUGAUCAUCCAGCGAACCAACUUCAGCCAAAACGUUCACCGACUCAUCGGACUGAAGCUUUUUGUGUGUGUUUGUGUUUGCUGGGGGAAUUUUCCUCCCUGAUAACACUUCCAAGCGACUCGGACAAUAUUUUUAUUUUAUUUUAUUAUUAAUUUUUUCUUUCGUGCAGUGAUCUGACCCAAAUUAAGGACAGACGCGUGCGCGCAGGACGCAGCGAUGGCACUUGCAAAAAUCCACUGAGCACCGCUUCCAUCCUCUGGCGGUGCAUCUGUCUGUCCUGGAAGGAGGCACGUGAUGGGUUCUAUUUUCGUGACAGUGCUGCUUUGCGCCGUUGGCACCCUGGCCAACCAGGAGAAUUGUUUGUCAGGCCAGUUUACUGCUAACGGCGAGUGCUGCGAACAGUGCCAGCCCGGAGAGGGCGUCAUCAAAGCCUGUGGAGUCACGCAGACCAUCUGCGCCCCCUGCCUCGAUAGUGAAACCUUCUCUGAAAACUUCAGUCACACGGAGAAAUGCCAGCCGUGCACGCAGUGUGAAGGUCUCCUCCGAAUGAAGACGCCCUGCACGGACUCCAAUGAUGCUAUCUGUGUCUGUGGCUAUGGCUACUAUCUGAAUCAGCUCUCUCAGCAGUGUGAGCCGUGCACCAAAUGUUUGAAAGGACAAGGCAUGCUCUACCCCUGCGAGGCUGAUCGGGACACCGUGUGUGAGGAGUGUUCCUCAGAUACCUACUCUGACGAGGAGAGUUUUCGAGACCCCUGCAUGCCCUGCACCUUGUGUGAUGAAGGGGUGGAGCUAGAGAGCUGCACCUUAGUCAGUGACAGCUUGUGUCAAGUCCCAACUCCAGACCCUUCAUUUUCUUCCACUGGUUUUAUUGAUGUCUCCAUUCCGUCUCAUGACGACUUUGUAACAGACAUCUUCCCACCAGACGGGCCUACGGACAGUCUCACCACCACGACCAAUGGUGAUUCCCGUAAGCCGAUCUACCAGGGUCUCAAUGAUAAACUCAUUCCCAUCUACUGCUCCAUCCUGGCUGCCGUCGUGGUCGGUUUUGUGGCCUUCAUCAUCUUCAAAAGGUGGAACAGCUGUAAGCAAAACAAACAAGGAGCCAACAAUUGCACAGCCAACCAGAACCAGACGCCUUCACCCGAAGGAGAGAAGCUGCAUAGCGAUAGCGGCAUUUCUGUAGACAGCCAAAGUCUUCAGGAGCAGCAGGGACAGACACAGGCACAGACAGUUGUUACCUUGGACAAAGAGCCCUGUUUGCUCCUCCCUCUCCACACAAGAGAGAAAGUCGAGAAGUUGCUGUUUAGGGGAAACAAGGGCGACGACUGCAACCACAUGGACGACAGCGACUGGUGCAACCUGGCGGGUCUGCUGGGCUAUGAGGAGGAGCGAAUCGCAAGCUUCCGGCAGGAAGAGCAUCCUGUCCGUGCACUCCUAUCUGACUGGGCGAGUAAGGACUGCGCCAGCAUGGACACACUGUGCACGGCUUUACGCAAGAUCAACCGCGAUGACGUCGCCCAGUGUCUCGUACUCAGCCCAAGCAUUGCAAAGCCCACCGCCACAUCUGUUGUGUGAUAUGCUUCACAAUAAGAGCACCGUGUGAUCGUUAACCUUACAAUAUUUGCCUCAUGUUAUAAUAACUCACCUCUAGAGUAUUUCAACUAUUCCCUCAUGAUGCCAGCAGAGUGUUGACAGUUGAAAGAGUUGAUGUUUAAGCAGGAGACGCAUCCAAGAAAUUAGACAAAACCCCAAUGAUUAUCAACACAACUUAUCAAGUCAAUGCAACCAACUCAAAAGAAGCCAAAAUCUUCCACUUAAGUGUGUGAAUGUGAGUGGAACCUUUGUGUAACGUAGCUUAAAAGCCACGCAAUGCUUAUCCCCGAUACCGUGUUAUCAUUCCUUUGGUUUUACCGGCGUUGGAGCAGACAUGAACCAGAGGUGGGACGAAGUCACUAUCAAGUCAUGAGCACUGGUUAGGGUUAGGGUUCUGGUUCUUAACACCAGGCACCUAAGUGGCUCUAAUCUACUCUCCUAUUUUACUCUUCCUUUUUUAGAUAUUUAGAUAUACCUUUAUAUACUAGCAUAGUUCCACCUUAGAAUUGGAAUAUAAUAUAUAAGAUAUACCUUACUGAAUUUUCAUGUAGCUACUUAACUUCCAGUUCUGUGCUUGGUGGUUUCAUUACCCCGGCAGAUUGGUGUGGGUAAGUUUUGAUAUGACACGUUUAUUCAUGCUUGGUAAUCUUCAUAUAUGUUCCAUAUAUUGUUUGUAUAUUAUAUACUUAUUUCUAGCUAUUCUUACUUUCUACUUUUUUAAUGUUGUUUUUUUUGUUUGUUUUUUUUUAGCUAUUAAUGAUUUUCUAUACUUUUAUUACAUUAUAUAUACUUUUUCUUGAGCCGCUUGGGUGGGUAGGGAGAGUUCCCAUGGAAUAAAAAAGCUUUUCAACCUACCAUCCCUGGUUCUCAAGACCAGGCACCUACGUGCCUCUAAUCUACUCUUUUCUACGCUCUUAUUUUACUCUUCCUUUUUAGAUAUUUAGAUAUACCUUUAUAUACUAGCGUAGUUCCACCUUAGAAUUGGAAUAUAAUAUAUAAGAUAUACCUUACUGAAUUUUCAUGAAUCAGCAAGUCCCAAGUCAAGUCUCAAGUCAUAAUGAUCAUCAUUUGUUUGCAGACUGACUUGACCCUUGACUUGGAACUUGCAGAUUGAUGACUUGAGAAUGACUUGACAGUGACUUGGCCGCACCUCUGCUGUGAGCUAGUACGCAACUGCGCCCGAAGCUUUUGUGGAUUUGUGGUUCUUUUAUUCCAUUCAUCCAGACUUACUGUCUAGCAUCAUCCAGUGUUGUACUUCUGAAUGUGACGCCUCUGAUUCAUGCUACCAAAGAGGACUGAAGAUCUCCAGAGCACACUUUGUUAUUUAUACACCAUGUUAAGGCUUUUUGGAUUUCAGUUAACGGAUGGCUCGUGCCUGCUACCGGAUGAGGCCUGCAUACUGCAGAGACUCUGGAUCUUUGCAGAUAUGACCACCUGGGGUCCUGCGCUUGGACUGAAUGAAGCUGUAUUCCCUCAGCAAGCAUGAAAUUUAAGUCCAGCUGCAGGACACAUGGAAUUAACUUUGCUUUCAGCCACUCAGCUUUGUCUUAAGUGACUUCUGUAGAUGCUAAAUUCAUUCUGCAGCAUACAUGCAUACAUUAACCACAGCGUACAUAAAGCUUGUCGAUAUACACAUACAACAUAAUAUGUACUGCAUUUACGGCAGGAGGCACAAACCUUCAGUUUUUGCCCUCUCACGAGGAGUCCUUACACUCAAAAAACUCACUGGAUCGGAUUUCCAUCGAAUAAAUAUAUGUAGUCCCAACUAAAUUAAAUUAUCUUGCAUGGAUCUGCUUUUUUUUGAGUUGAUGCUACAUGUAUUUUUUAGAUGGAAAUCCUGCAUUUAUUGAAUUGAGUUCAUUGAAAUAGUAAUUUUUUUUUGUGUGUACGUUGUUUAAUGUCAUCAAUGGCCCAUGUAAGUUAAUCAUGUCUUUAAAAUUUUCAUUGUAACAUUUGCAACGCGUGCUAUAGUUGCUGAAACACUAUGUCAACAACAAAUGGCAUGCAAAAACAAGCAACUCAUUGUCAUCCAAUGUGCAAAAUUGCUCAGAAAACGUGCAGAAUAAUCAGGAUGCAACAUAAAAAUCCAAGGUUUUCCAUCCUUUUUGCUUCAUUUCUCAGGGUAUCUACAGUAAUUGUACUUAUCGAAUGAACUGAACAAGCUACAAUUGUUCAUGAAAAGACACUGUGUGUAUCCAAAGCUGCGAUUCUUGCGACUGACAAUCCUUCAGGAGGGAGGAAGCAAGUUAGCAAGGAGCAAACGGUGUCUGAUUUCGUCAUUGUUUGCAACAAUGACCUCCAAAUAAAAGCCAAGUCAGCGGAGGCGCAAGUCAAAGGAAGAGUGGGUAAGAGUGGAUCUGAAAUAGGAAGGUUUUGACUUAACUACAUGUUAAAAUGAAACACAAGAACGUGCAUCUGAGUUGAUGGAGCUGUUUGACUGUAAACAUGCAUCCCUGUUUUUAUUUCACUGCGUACUUUCUUUGCUGAGCCGUACCUGUCAGAGCAAGUUUCUUCAACAUCAUUAUUGUAAUUAUAAUAACAGCCAACUAAGGAACCUUUGCACUUCAUUUUCUCUUUGUUGCCUAUUGUUUUGAUGACAUAUUUGAAGGACAGAAUGGUUCAAGUUUCCUGUACACUACGCUCUCUAGUACUGAGUGUAUAUUGUUCGUAACCCCAAGCAUACCAAGCUUCGAGCUGUAGUGUUACUUUAAAUGAAGGUAUUCUGACUCUUUCCUCGAAGGGUUAUAUUGUAAAUAGUAUUAUGUCCAUGUAUUAUCCUGCUAUUUUAGAUUGUAGCACUUAGCUUAUUUGUAUGCGUGUUUACCCAUUUAGCAUCAUAAGUGCCUGGGACUAUUUCAGGUGUUCGUUGAUGUUGUAUACUUUCGUUUUUCUACUUCUUUUGUAAGUAUGCCUGUAAAUGAUUUUUAUUUUGUAUUAAUUGUACAUAAUUUGUCGUUGUAUUGCUCGGAAUUUAGUUCAACGAUGGGUUUUUCUUAAAAUAUCAGUGCUGCCUUCUUCAGGUGUAAUUGGAUGUUUUGUCAUUAUGCAUAAUGCAGUGUAGCAGGGGACUACACGGCAUGCGUGCAAAAUCAUCUGGAGAGUUAAGAUCUUUCGGAAAUAUGGCUAUCCUAAGAUCGCCAAAGCUUAGGGGACUGUCAGCAAGGCAAAUUGCAAUGGUCAGUAACUUUUAUUCUGUGCUUUUUUGCUGGAAUACUCAAAGCAAGAAUGAAUAAUUGGAGUAAAGAGAAAGGUGCCAAAUCAGAACUCUUCCAACGGAUUAGUACGCAUGCACCAUUGCCUAGUGGUAUGUUGCAUUAUGAGUAAAGACAAAACACCAGAUUACCGAAUUAUUCACCAGUAUUACAAGCAUUUAGAAGAUGGAAAACAAACGUAAAAUGCUUAACAUAUAUCAGGUUGUAUUUUAUUUAUCUACUACCCACGUUACUUGGAAAUAAAUUAGACAUUCUCACCUUCUAGGCCUCUCGAUUAGCUGUUGACCUCAUAGAUGAGUUUCUCAGCCAUUCAGCUUGUAUUUGCUUGUAAUUACAUGUUACCAGCUGUGUUGUGGAGAAACUUUGACACAUAACUUUCAGAGCAGGUGGCUCAGUGAAUGAUAAGGAGCUGGUCUGCCAAUGUGUAGACCUAAGUUUGAAUCCCGCUCAUGCUACCUGUCUGUGUCCUUAGACAAGACACUUACUCUACAUUGUCAGUCAGGCCAACUGUAAAUGGAUACCAGCCUCAGCUGGGAAAGUAACCUGCCUUGGACUGGCAUCCCAUCCAACUGGAGUCGUCUCUUGUCUGGUUGACGAGCCGGUACCAAGGGGCCACCGUUUUCUGUAAUAUACAACUGUCUCCAUGUCACAACCAACACAGCUUGAUUUCAUCUGUGACACUGAAAAACUGUGGUCAGUGUGGAACACAAAUUAUAUCUGUGUCUAUCUAAAUGUCAGGAGAUAGAAGCCUGUGGUCCUGAGCUGUUAUUGUGUUGUUAGCUUGUAGCUAAUCAUCAUACAAAAAUAUCUAAUGUCACAACUGCAAGCUUGUAUCUGUAGUAAAACCAUGAAGUUGGCAGUUAAGCAACCAGAUGAACACGUGUACAUUAUUUGCUUGCAAAGAGUCUCAACAACUCUGUGUUCAAACAGUUAUACACUAAAUAACCAUGUUAACUGGCUUUAUGAGUGACUACAUUAACUGGGCUUCGCUCGCUAGCUCAAUCACUACUCAAAUAAUUAAUUCAUGCAUUUGAAAAAAAUAGCUUUGUCUCAUUUGUCCAUUUCUGAACGAUUUCAACUUUGGUAAAAACUUAAAUAAUUAUCUUAUGUGACAUGGCUAGCUCAUAUGAUAGCCACCUCCAUUAUGGACACUGUUAAUGUUAAUGUAAAAAUAUACAUAGGGAUUACUCAAAUUAAUAUUCUGCCUCCUUAAUAGUAAUGUGGCAAGUUAUAUUCAAAAUAAAGUGACAUUUUAAGGUUGACUACGUCGACAGAUCUAAAAUUGUUAUAAAUGGUGAACUGUUAGGUCUACCCUGGUUCCUCUGGAUUCCUAAAAUUGUCCCCUUCCAAAUCACAUAGUCUACCAUGAAGGUUGCAAAGUCACAGAAGAAUUAAGAACUAUGAUAUUUAAAGCAGUCAACCUUUUUAUAUUGUUGAAAGAAACCCCUUCCCAUAAGGACCCAAACAUCUUUGUAAUAGUUAACGUAAAAAAUAAUAAUUAUACCAGCAGUAGUACUGCUAACAGCCCUCCUACCAUAUAAAUUUAGACUGUGAGUAGAGCUGACAAUCAUUUCAAGUCAACUGAUAUUAAGUAUCCUCCAGCGCAUCUGCAGAACUUGAACUAGCAAGAGUCUCUAAUCUGCGGGGAACAGUUUGGAUUGGACUUUUAUCAGUUAUUCUGACCGUUAGACUUCAUAAAAGUUCUGUGUGUUAAAAUAUGUCCUGUCCUCUGGCGAGUUAAAUCAAUGUUUGAUUUUAUGAGGAAGCAGGACAAAGAAACCACGCUGUUGAUUAUCAUAUAUGAGUGACGUUAAAGAAAAAAAAUGAUGAUGGUGGACCAAACUCUAUGAGUACUGAUUGUUUUUGUAAUAUUGCUUGAGUCAACAAUAUAGCCUCAGAGUUUAAAAAAAUUAAGAUGGUUAGCUUUCUUUGAACAGUAUUUGUUUAGUUGAUAGGGAUAAUAGAGUUUUAUUUGGGUAAAUGUGACCAGGAACAAAAUUUAAUGUACAGUCAACCAAGAAAAGGUGAAGUUUCUUGUCAUGAGGCGGGGCUGGGGGGAGGUUAAGAAAUUAUAGUAUGUAUCAUGUUGUAGCCUUGUUAAAUUAGCUUUUAGAGAUACGACUGCAGGGUUGAAUUGUACAUAUUUAAGAAAUACUGAAUGUUUCUUGUAUACUAAUAUACUGUACUGUACUUAAUGUGAAUUUGCAAAGUUCCUACAUCAGACAGCCAAUAAUAAAGCUCUUCAAAGUGAG